AUGUGGUCGCAACUCGAGCCCACGGGGCCGCACCUGUCGUAUUUGGUCCUGACAUCGUUCCUGAUCAUGUAUGCCCUCUUCUCGCUCAUGAUUAGGAACAGGCUGCAUCUCUCUGAACCACCUCUGGCAACCAUCUUUGGCAUCCUCGUAGGACCUCGCGGGCUAUCGUGGCUGAGGCCCUACGAAUGGGGCUUCCAGGACCCAGUCAUCCAGGAGUUCACACGCAUCGUCGUUGGCGUCCAAUGCUUCGCUGUCGGUCUCGAGCUUCCGAAUGGCUACCUCAAGAAGAAGUGGAAGGCGCUCGUCGUCCUCCUUGGCCCUGUCAUGGCCUUUGGCUGGCUGAUGGGCGCCAUGUUCAUCAAGCUCAUCUUUGAUACAGACUUUGCAUCCGCAUUGACCAUCUCGGCCUGCCUUACCCCAACGGAUCCCGUCCUCGCAGCCUCGGUGCUGUCCAACAGUCAGUUCAGCACCCGUGUGCCAAGGCGUAUCCGAGAUCUCCUGAGUGCAGAGAGUGGUGUAAACGACGGAGUGUCGUUCCCGUUUCUGUUUUUCGGUCUCAACAUCUUGACCAAACCCUCCAGGCGCGACAUCUUCAACGAGUGGUUUCUGAUCACGGUGCUCUACCAGUGCACAUUCGGCAUCGUCCUUGGUCUCAUCAUCGGCCACGUCUUCAACAAGCUCUACCACAUCUCCCACAAGCGUGAGAUGAUGGGCCGGGCUUCCUACCUAGCCUUCUACCUCCUGCUGGCCAUCUUCUCCGUUGGGCUCGCGUCGACCAUUGGAGUCGACGACUUCCUCGUUGCAUUCUUCGCUGGUCGAGGCUUCGCGCAUGGCGGCAACUCGCCCACGGCAGACACGAGACUGCCAGUUGUCAUCGAUCUGAUGCUCAAUUCCGCUCUCUUUGUCUUCUUCGGUGCUAUGAUACCUUGGGACUCGUUCGACAAGCUGGACUCAAUCACCCCUGGAAGACUGUUGGCCGUACUGGCUCUCAUUCUCGUCUUCCGCCGCAUCCCUAUCGUCUUCGCAUUUUACAAGGCCAAGCUGCUCCCCACCGUCCGCACCACGACCGAGGCCCUGUUCGUCGGCCACUUUGGACCCAUGGGCGUCGGCGCACUCUUCCUAGCGAUCGAAGCACGCGCUCAGCUGGAGACGGAUACAUCGCUGCCGCUGCCCCAUCCUCCUAGUGAUCUCGACCCCAAGCGACAAAGGACCAUUACCUUGAUUUGGCCCAUUGUUUGCUUCAUCGUCAUGGGAAGCACUCUGUUCCACGGCCUAAGCACCCUCGCCAUCAGUCUGGGCGGCCAUUUUUCGAGGAAAGAGGGCGAGAGGGCGCCCUUGAUUGGAGGCGAGCGGGAGGGACUGCACGGCAUGAUCUUCGAUGAAGAAAACGAAGGCGCGGAUGAGGAACAAGGGAACGAAGAGGAUGAGGAAGCGGAGGACAGGGGGUAUGCCAGAAGUCAAUAG